GUAAAGCUGAAGGGUACAUCUCUAAUUACACCUAUUUUAUGGGGAGUUUAGUGUAAUUUAGUAGACAUUUUGCCUCCAAGAAAAACAAAGUUACAUAGCAAGGGGGGGUUUGGUGUAAUUUAUAAUCCGGCCAUUGACUUUUUCUUUUCCUGUAGUAGAGCUCUGCACAAAAAAAACUAGAUCGAAAUCGGAUCAGAGUCAAUAAUCCUCAAAAGUUAAGGUCUGGGAAUUCAAUAAGUAUGUCUGGGAAGCUGAUAAGGAACUUGCGGAGUUUGAAGCGGGACCCACCUGUAGGUAUUACUGCAGCACCUGAAGAAGAUAAUAUUAUGCUCUGGAAUGCAGUUAUAAAUGGCCCCGAGGAUACACCGUGGAGUGGAGGUAAGUUCAAAUUGACCCUUGACUUCCCACACGACUAUCCGAUGAAGCCCCCAAGAGUUCGAUUUGUUUCUCAAAUGUUCCAUCCGAACAUUUAUGAGGAUGGAAGAGUGUGCGUGGACUUUCUUGAAGACGAGUGGACUCCUGCAUUACUCGUUGAAACUAUACUUAUAUCAAUCCAGUCGCUGUUGAGCGAUGCGAAUCCCGAUACUCCAGUUAACUCUGACGCUGCUAGAAUGUUCGUUGACAAUCGGAGAGAAUACAAUCGCAGAGUCAGGGAGAUUGCCGAGCAAAGCCGGAUGGCCCAAUAAACUAUCUAGUCUGAUUACUCUUUUUGCCGAUUUGUUCUUGUGGUGCGUUUUAUUUCAAGUCCCGAUUGAAAAUGUAUUUUUGCGCCGCAAUUAUAUUGUUCAAGACUGUUGGAUUUUUUUUUAUCUUGUACCAGACAUGCUAUGGAAUUGUAACCGAGAAAUUGUUGGACAUAAAAACAAGGUUUUUGGCGUCAACGCGAAGAUAUGUAAUUUCUAAUUUGAUUGCUA